AUGGAGAAACCAACUGUAGAUGGUCAAGCUUUUUGGAUUGGAGAGCUCGCAGAGACAAGAGAAGAAGUGCUGGAUGAACUCCUUCUUAUUGAUCCCUUGGAGCUAGCUUUGACAAAAGCUGAGAAUGAAGCUCCAAAAGCCGAGCUCAAACAACUCCCAGUUGGUCUAAGGUAUGAAUAUCUUGGUCCUAAUGAAACAUAUCCUGUUAUUGUUAAUGCUGCACUAACAAAAGAAGAGACCGCUUUACUUGUUCGCGAACUGAGAAAGCAUAGAAAGGCUCUUGGUUACUCUUUGGAUGAUUUAACAGGAAUCUCACCUGAACUAUGCACACAUCGCAUCAUCCUGGAGGAUGAGUCUAGUUCUUCAUUGAACAUCAAAGGAGGCUAA